UGUUAGAUAUGUCGAAAUGAAGUGAAAUAGUGGCAUGAUAAGUGGGUGUUUUCCACGAUUGGAGGAAUAUUUUAUUCAGUUUGUUCUGAAAGCCUGUGUUUUUGUGUGUGUGUGAUUCGUAGCAGAAUUAAGAAUUUAAUAACUGUUUAAUAUUUUCUUAAAUCGGCAAUAGUAGAUUCAUUGGUACUGAUUUCUACACAUGAGAGAUGAUUUAUUAUGAGACUGUUUAAAUUUAUAGUUGGAACAGAGAUUGGAAGAGCGCAUAGAAUUUAGCGUCUGUCAGAUUUAAGAUUUCAAUGAAAAGUUUGCUUUACGUUUUGUAGUCAAGUUUAUAUAUAGCCUUAUAAUAGUGCCUUCUUACUUCUAAAAUGGGAAAUAUUUAUACGGUUGGUCCUAAUGAAGCUCUGAUAGUAUCGGGAGGCUGCUGUGGUUCAUCAGAGAAACGAACUGUAGUUGGAGGAUGGGCAUGGGCUUGGUGGUUAGUCACAGAUGUCCAAAGAUUGUCUCUUGAAGUGAUGACUUUAACUCCUCUUUGUGAACAUGUAGAAACAGCACAAGGUGUUCCUCUUACUGUGACAGGUGUUGCACAAUGUAAAGUCAUGACUCAGAAAGAAUUUUUAUCUACAGCCGCUGAGCAGUUCCUUGGCAAGAAUGUGUCACAUAUUGAGUCCGUUAUUCUUCAGACAUUAGAAGGGCAUCUUCGAGCAAUUUUGGGUACACUGACAGUUGAAGAAGUGUAUAGAGAUCGUGAUCAGUUUGCGACUCUUGUGCGAGAGGUUGCAGCUCCGGAUGUUGGUCGCAUGGGCAUUGAAAUUUUGAGUUUUACUAUCAAAGAUGUGUUUGAUAAAGUUGAAUAUUUAGCAUCUCUAGGAAAAGCAAGAACUGCUGCUGUAAAGCGAGAUGCUGAUGUUGGUGUUGCUCAAGCCGAGAGAGAUGCUGGCAUUAGGGAAGCAGAAUGUGAAAAAUCUGCCAUGGAUGUGAAAUAUGCAGCAAAUACCAAAAUUGAAGAUUCACAUCGUAUGUUCCAGCUUCAAAAAUCUAACUUUGAUGCUGAAGUGAACACUAAGAAAGCAGAAGCACAGCUUGCUUAUGAGCUACAAGCAGCCAAAAUGAAACAAAAAAUACGUAGUGAAGAAAUAGAAAUUGAGGUUGUUGAAAGAAGGAAGCAAAUAGCUAUUCAAGAAAAAGAAAUCCUUCGGAAAGAAAAAGAGUUGAGUGCUACUGUGAGGCUUCCAGCAGAAGCUGAAGCCUUUAGAGUUGAAAUGAUUGCUCAGGGAAAAAGAACACAAACCAUGGAUGUAGCAAGGGCUGAUGCUGAAAAAAUUAAAAUGAUUGGAGCUGCAGAAGCAUAUGCUAUAGAAGCUGUAGGUAAAGCAGAAGCUGAGCAAAUGAGGAUGAAAGCAGCUGCCUAUAAACAGUAUGGUGAUGCUGCAGUUAUGAGUUUAGUACUAGAAUCAUUACCAAAGAUUGCUGCUGAAGUUGCUGCACCUCUUGCGAAGACUGAUGAAAUUGUUUUGAUUGGAGGUGAAGACAAAGUAACGUCUGAAGUUUCAAAGUUAGUCAGUCAGUUGCCACCAACAGUGCAAGCAUUAACUGGUGUUGAUUUGUCUAAAGUUGUGAACAAAAUUGUAGCCACAAAGUAGAAGGAUUUGGCAUAGCACACCCAUCUAUGUAACAUAUACCACAAAGGAUAACUCCUCAGGCUGCAUUUUUUGCCUCAAGCAUUAUUUUCUUGUAUAUAGAAUUUUAAGUAUUUGAUAAGAAUUGCUGUUUUUUUAUUCCAGUUUACAAUACAAUUUAAGAACUAGAAUUAAUUGUAAUACAAACUUGUAUUUGCUCUUGUUAAUAUUCACAGUCACUGUCAUUUUAUUUUACUGCGCCUAUGAGAUUCGAAUGUACUUUUAUAGUUGUUAAUGAUCCAAUUGAUUGUUUCAUAACCAUACUUCUGCUUUUUUGUCUGCUUUAUGUGCUGUUGAUUUGCAACGUGAAAUCAAUAGGUUUCGAGAAUUUUACUUUGAAUCAUGAUAUAAAGUAAAUUUUAAAAUUGUGACUUUUGUUUUUUAAUUUUAAUUUCCUUGAAGUAGAUAUCAAAUAUUUUUUUAAAAGAGGAUAUUUAACAUUGAUUGUUAAAUUGAUGAAACAGAUCAGCAUUAUGUAUUACGUUUAUCUUAGAAAAAUUUUUUGAAUUUUCAAAAUGUGAUUGCUAAAUAGUGGGCUCGAUUUAAACCUCCAGUCAGUUUAGUUUUUUUACUAAAAUAAAUAUGAUUCAAUUUGCCUUUGAUAACUUGAUAUUGUGGUACUUAAAUAGACAUACAUUUGUCUUUUCAGGAAUUUUGUACUUAGAUUGAAAACUUUUUGGCCUUGCACAACAUAUAUAUAUAUAAAUACUCGUAUCCACUAAAAAGAAUUAAGUUUUUAACGGAUGUGAGUAUUAAAAUAACUUCCAGAUGUGACCUUUUUAAGAUUCGUUAUUAAGGAUUAUGAAAAGAAUUUGAAUCUUGAGUGAAAAAAUACAAAUGUUCAGGAAUGAGUUUGCCAAUAACUGUUAUAUAUAUAUAUUGAUAACAUUGCCUCUGCAGGUGCUAGCAAAUGAUUGAUACAUAAAGUAGCAGGACUAAUUUUAAAAGAAAAUAAAUGAGUAGUACAAAAAUUUAAUAAAUUUGUGUUCAACCAUCAAUUUUAUUUAGUAAUCACAUUGUUGUGUAAAUUGGAAUAUAUAGCUGAAUCUUUUAAUAAAUAUGUGAACUAAUCUUAGUGUUUUAAACAAUGCUUUUUUCUCUAUUUUUAAAAAUAUGUUUUUAAUAUAUAUGUUACCAUGAAAGGAGCAAAAUCUGGAGAAUGUCAACAUUCACACAGUCAAUGUCUGAAAUAUUUUCUAAAUAUCUGUAUUUCUCACUCUGCAAGUGUCAACAUUCACCGAAUAAAAAUAAUUUGGAUUUAUUUUCAAGUUGUACUUCAUCAUUAAAACACAUUAUAAUAUGUCAAAAUAGGAGAAGGCUUAAGUAACAGCAAAUGUAAAUAAACUGUUGAAAUGAGAAAAGGAAAUAAUGCCAAUAACAAACUUUACUUGAUUAUAUGAUUGAUAUUAUACAGUGUUAUUUAUUGCAGCAUGUGCAAGAGCAAUUUGCUUUUACAAUGCCUCUCUGUCUUCUUGGCUUUUCAUUUUGAUCUCCACUAGAGUACAUCUGUGCUUGUCGACAUUCACUGGUGAAGGUCUGAAUGUAUUAGAAUAUAACCAAAUAUUUAGUCUUUCACUGAAGUAUGUGUUGACAUUUAUUGGAGAAUGUUGACAUUCUUCAAUUUUUUGCAAUUCUGUAUAAAAACCUUUAAUUUCAGUGAAUAACUUAAAUGCUUUUUUUUUUUUUUUGUCUUAUCUCACACUACUGCAUUUUUCUUCACAAGGGGUAAAAAAUCUUUAGUUUUUGUUAUGAAAAUUUCUGAUACAUGAAUAAUUUCCAAACAAUUUAUAUAGAUAAAUGAACAUACAUUUUAAUACAAAGUGGCCUGUGAAAAAUUAGCACACCUUUUAGUAAUAUUGACUAAAUGAACAAAAUUAAUCACUUGCGCUACGGCUAAACUUCACGGUUGCGGUGCCCUGCACUGCAAUAUAACAAUAUAACAAGUGGUAAAGUGUCUCAUUUACGCCGCUCUGCAUCUGCAAAUGCAAUCCAGAGCUGUAACUCGAGAAAUAAACAAUCUUGUUGUUAGGCGACGUGUGGACCACGUUAUUUUCAUUUUUGCGCACGGUUUGAGACAAAAGCAUCUCAACGUGCUUGUCACAUCUUUUUAGCGCAAGUGGUUAAGCUGGAACACUGCUUUAUAUGCUAUCAACUGUACAGACAAACGGUCAGCAGACAAAACAAGGGGCUGUGGGCUAUUCCAAAGAAUGUUGUACUAGUAUUGAAGAUAUGCUACUUUUUUUGAGCAGCCCUGUAUUUUAAUAACAAAACCAUUAAAAGUUGAUUUAAUAAGAAAUAUAUUUUAUUCUUGAAUAAAAUGCAAAAUGUAGCAAUUAAAAAUAAUAUUGAUAAUUUGAUAUUCCUUCUAAAAUCACUUGGUGAUAAUGUUUUAUAAUUAUGUGAAAGAAUAUCAUGCUACAUUCAUAUUUCAUAUGGAGAUACCUUUCUCGAAUAGUUAUUGUUGUUGUCUGAUUUCACUUCCUUGUUUUAAAUCUGCACACUAAAUUUUCACAUGUAAAAAGUAUUAACCUAUAUCUCAGUUUAAGGCAAACUAACACUUUCAUACCUGCAUUUUUCUUAUUAGAGACUUUUGCUUCAGAAACUUCCAUUUUUAUCAGGUUUAAGUAAUUUGUUGCAUUUGUAAUAAAUUUGAUGGACUGGAAUAAUUCAGUAUUUGAUGACACAAAUGAGCAUAUAUUUUUAAACAGACUUUUUUUGUUCCUAUAUUAAUGUUGGAUUAUUACCAUAAUAUUCUUAAAUUCAUAAAAAAAUUUAAUAGAUAUAAUUAUUUUUCUCUUAGACUAUUGGUCUGAAAUCUAGUCUGAAGAAAUUUUUUGCCAAAGUUAAGAGUGCCAUUUUAUAGUGAUAUCAGUAUUUUCCUGUCAGCCCAAAUAAGUCUUUAUUUAUAUGGUUAUGGAUUUAGUGAUAAAAAUGGCUAGUCAUGCAAUGUUUGUUGCAGAUGGAGAAGGCUUGCGCGUUAUAACAUAUCAACACUUUUUGAACUAAUUAACAUAUUUGAGUAUUUCAACCUUUCAGGGCAGGUUAAUAUUAAAUAAUUAUUAUCUAUGUAUCUUAACAAUUGGUAUAAAUCUAGAAUUUUUUUUUAAAUUGCAAUUUGAAGUUAAUUUUUCUAUCAUACUAAAUUUGGUUAUUUGCAUGAUAUCUCACUGUAUAUAUGUGUGUUGGUUGCAUAUAUGCUUCAACAUAUUUGCACAAUUAAGAUCCUAUUUUGUGUUGAUUUUCCUGUUUGACUAUUUUGAAAAUAUUGAAACCUUGUUUAAAGCAGGCAAGCUGAAGGAAAAUUUUAAAAUAAGUAUGUCGUCUUUCAAUAUUUUAACAGAAAUGUAGUUAUACUCUUCUUUGUUUUUGUGUAUUGAAUAAUUUUGUGAAGAGAAAUGUAAUCAUAUUUAGUUGAUCGCUUAAAUACUAUGCAAGUGUAAUUUUUAUACAUACCUUUUACUGUGUCUUGAAAUAAGUGUUUUAAAAAUGUGUAUAAUACUAAAUUGGUUCUUUAACUGAAUUUUGUCUUAGAAUGAAGGAUGAGAGAACACAUUAAUGGCAAAUCCAUAAUCAAACACUAAAACCAAAGCCUGCAGUUUUCAGGAUGACUUUCUAAAUUUUUUGGACUUUCCUUUAAAAUAUGUUUUUAUUUUAAAACAUUCAUGCUAUAGAAUGAAGUAUAGGAAAAGAGGCUAUAAAGAGGCAUAUAAAAAUAGCUGUAUAAAAGAACUUGCUUGCAUUUAAUCCAAAUGCUAACACUGCCAUUGUUUCUGAACCUCUAUACUUAAAGAUAACCAACACCCACUACCAUAAAAUAAAAUUUAAUUUUUGACUUUUAUUCCAACUGCAGUUAAUUGUAUUAUACCAAAGAAUAGCUAUCGUGCAAGUUUAAAUUUUGAAAUUCUACAACGGUGCCAGAUUAUUUGAUUUAAGUUGAACUUUCAAAUAGACUUUAAUGUUACAUAUUUUAAUAAAUGGUUGUAUUUUAUAUUAACAGUAGUUUCAUCAAACUUUUAAUCUAUCAUUUUAUUUUGUUGUAAAUAUUUGUUUUUAUUAAGUUCACUGUAUGUGUGUGUAUAUAUAUAAAUAGUUCAAAAAAAGAUGUUUCAUUUUUUGUCUUAUUUUAUGAAUUUUAUUUAUGUGGGAAUUUUCUGAUAUCUCAAUUUUGCUAAUUAUUUUUUAUAAAUGCUUUAUGAAAUGUAGACGAUGCUAUUUUAAUUUCUGUGCUUUCUGCUAAAGGACCACAUUCGAAUUCCCUUGUAAAGAAUGUGUGACAAUCAUCCUAUUUCUGCCGAAAUGAAGACAAAGCAUUUGAUUAGUUUGUAGUAUUUUUAAUACUGUAGUAUGUAAUUUCAUUAUUUAUUGUACAAGAAUAUUUUGCUAAUAACACAGCUGUAACUUUGCACACUUAAAUUUGUUAACUUUUUAAUAUAUUGUACUGCAUUUUUUUGGGGAGGGGCAAAAAGCUGCAUGAAAAUAAGUGAUUUAUGUUAAUAUGGAAUACACAAUCUGGAAACUUUUGUAGAAUUUUUAUAUGCUUUUAAAAUUUUCCUAUUUUGUUUAUUAAGAAACAAAUGAAUGAUCUGAUUUCUUUUCUAGAAUAAAACAUCUUGUUAAGACCUUCAUUACUGAAACACAUUUCAGAUUUUCAGUUUAAUGUACAGUGCCUUUUAAAUGUCUUAUAUGUGUGUGUAUGUAUUCCUGAAAGCUGGUAAAAUAUAUGCUUCUUUAUAAGUGUA